AUGUCAAGUGCUUCUCGUUCACCCUCUCCAUUUAGCAACUUACUCGACACAUUUCUUCUACUCAACUCUUCUUCUGUAGGCAUUGCCUUAAUCCAUGAUCCUGUUGCUCCAUCAACCGACUUUCUCGCUUCCUCCUCGUCGAUAGACGACCAGGUCUCCUCGGGUGGAGAGUACAUUAGCCCUGCUUCUGUGUCAAUUGACCAGGAGGAAGCAGAUGAGACUGAGAUUUUCUCCUCUCCUCUGCCUCAACAGCCGCCCACUCUUUUUCCCUUCGCUCUCAACCCCUCUGAACUAAUUCAGCGGAUCAAAGAGAAGGGUGGAGAAGGUGAGACGCAAUUGACCUCUUCCUCCUCCUCCCCCUCCUCCUCUUCCUCAUCGUCAUUAUCGCCUUCGCCCUCCUCACACGGAACCUCUACAAGUAGUAGCCCUUCCACCACACCAUCAAAUGUGCACACCACUGAUGUCGCUAUCUGUGCAUCAUCUGUCACCGAUUCGCACAUUCCUGAAUUCUCAUCUCUCCCCACGCCCCAGCGAAGUCCGACCUACGCAAGUCGGAGCAGUAGUGGUGGUGGUGGCGGUGAUAUUAGUGGGGAUAGAGGAGGCAGUGAUGCUGUAGUUGAAGAUCAAUUUCACACGUGUCCUCACGUGCGUCCUUCCUCUCUGCUAUCUCAACGUCAGAGAAAGAUGUUGGGUGCUGACUCAGGCUUCUAUUUCCACGUCCUUUCCUCUACCUCCGCUUCUGCCUCUGCAUCCGCCUCAUCCUCUACCGGUGUCGGUGAUUGCAACGCAAUUGUUGGGGGAACAGUAAGAGAGGGAUCAGCAAACGAGCAAUGCAGUCUCUCCUCCGGGUUCCAGUCUCAUUCACGCAACUCUAGUUUUGAGUCCGCUGGUUUGUCAAGGUGCUUCCCCGGUGAAUUGACAACAACUCCAACUGGCAGCUCCGGAGACUGCCAACUUUCAAUUGGGGGCGCUGGAGGCAGUAAGCAGCAUCUCAUUGAUGCGACACGCGUACCUCACGACGAGGUGGUGAAUCAAGUUCUUCGCACCUCUGCCAUCUCUCACCACUCUGCCUCUUCGCCGCCAAACUCGGUCUCAAACCGCACGAUUAAUAUCUGUUUGCUGGCAAUAACCACUGCUGCUGCUGCUGCUGCUGCUGCUGCGGCUGCUGCUGCUCACUGGCAUCCACGCGUUUGCACAUCUGCUCGCCUCCCUGGAGCCGCAAACAGCGCAUCGGCGGAGAUAGGAUGGGGUGGAGUGGGGUGGGUGGUGUGGUGUGGCCGUGGGGUGGAGUGA